AAGCCCUCCCGCCCCAUCGCAAUGUUCCAUCCGCGAAACGCUGUUGACACACCGCCCCUCACCUUCGCCGCGGCGUACGGCUGCAUGACGCGCGUCGGCAUCACCCCGCCCAAGGUGACCGUCACCGCGGACGACAAGCGUCUCAAGGCCGGGAAGCCCGCGCCCGACCCGUUCCUCCUCGCUGCGCAGGAGCUCGGGUGCGACACGGCGCGUAGCCACGAGCGGUCGCAGAUCGAGGACUGCGGCACGCACUUCGUCGUGGACACGAUCGAGCAGGUGCGCGUCGUUGGUGGUCGGGAUGGGGGGCUGAAGUUUUUCGUGCCGGUGAAGAAGCAGUAG